AAUGUGCCGGUAUAAGCGAGAAUGGUUUUCUAAAUACUGCAAAUAUUAGAGACUUUCGAGGCUGCACUUACGUUGAUGGAAAUCUGAGAAUCCUUAAACAAUCUUUUGUAAGGUCCUUUCCUGUUACCGGAGCUAUUACGGUCGAUGUUCUGCAAACAUUAAAAGAUGUUAAAGAGAUCGAUGGUUUCGUUACUAUACAGGGAAUGCCACCCGAGCUUAGACAUCUUACAUUUCUCGCGGGGCUUGAAGUAAUUCAUGGACGUAAUCUUUCGUCAGGCGCCAGUCUAAGUAUUCAAAAUACGGAAAUAGAAUUUCUUGGUUUGACCUCACUGCAACGUAUCAACAAUGGAAAUGUAGAAUUAGCCAAUAACAAAUACUUGUGUUAUUUAGAGAAUCUAGAUAUGAGCCUGAUAUUUGCAAACACUUCUCAAAGGUUGUUGAAAAAAGCAAAUCAAAAUGAAUCGGAAUGUGAAAAAAGCGGACUACAAUGCAGUUACAAUUGUGUAGGCCAUGGCUGUUGGGGUCCUGGCACAGAUAAAUGUCUGAAGUGUGAAAACAUGAUUAUCAAUAUUACUGACGAUAACAUAUGUCUGGAAGGCUGUGGCAACAUGUCCUUGGUUUAUUUAGAUGAAAACAAAUGCCCACAACCAUGUCAUGAGCAGUGCAAAUCAGGAUGUACUGGUCCGGUUGUUGACAAUUGUUUACAAUGCAAGUAUGUCAAGGUUCCAUUUUAUUCACGGUUUCUGUGUGCGUCAAAGUGUCCACCGGAUUUAUAUCAAGACGAAAAUAAUGUGUGCCGCAAUUGUGAUCCAGCCUGUUAUCAUGGUUGCACUGGACCCUCAUCAGAAUUAAAAAGAGGUGGAUGUAAUAGCUGCGCAUUAGCAAUCAGCAGGACACAUGAGACUGACAGCCUAAGUUGUUUACCAAGGGGCCAAAAAAAAUGUCCUAAAGGUUAUUAUAAACGACAGAACAAAGAUGAUGUUUUAUUCAAAGAGAUUUGUAAGCCAUGUGACGGUCAAUGUACAGUAUGUUUUGGGCCAGGAAAUAGUAACUGUUCAGAGUGCAAAACACUGCGGUUUUUAAACAGCACAUGUGUCAGUGAAUGUCCGUCAAACAGCUUCUUACAAGAUGACGAAUGUAUACCAUGUCACGAUCAGUGUACAGGAGGUUGCCAUGGUGCCAGUUAUAUUGAUUGUGUUAAAUGUCUCAAUUUCAAGAUUUUCCAUAACGAGGAAAUGAAGUCAUUUGCUUGUGUCAAAAGUUGCCCCAGGCACCUACCAAUGCGUCGUAAAGACCCAGAUAAAACUAGUACGGCAGUCUGCGUUUCAGAAAAUGUUUCAGAAAAUGGUUCUACCAACGCUACGAACACCUCCGGUACUACCUUCACAGCUGCAGGUACUGCAGCUGCAAUUUUGUUUUCCUGUAUAGUGAUAACAUUAUGUGUCGUCUUAUGGUGGCGAAGAAAAGAACAGAGAGCGAAAUUAUCAAGCUUAGAACAAAUGAAUAAAGAUGACUCUCCUUUUCCAAUAGAAGAGCCAUUGAGUCUUACAGAUGUUAAGCCAGAUAAAUCUAACCUCCGCAUUAUCAAAGAGUCAGAACUGAGACGCGGAGGUGAAAUUGGACGUGGAGCGUUUGGCCAGGUAUACAAGGGUUUUUGGGUCCCCGAAGGCGAGGAUGUGAAGAUACCAGUUGCUAUUAAGGUAAUACGAGAAGGAAACUCAUCAAGUUUGCAUCAGGAACUGUUGGAAGAGGCUCGCAUCAUGGUAUCCGUAGUACACAUAUGUUGUAUUAGACUUUUGGCUGUCUGUAUGGCCUCAGAGAAGAUGAUGAUGAUUUCACAGUUAAUGCCGUUGGGAUGUUUAUUAGGAUACAUUAAAAAACACAAGGAUAUGAUUGGAUCAAAGUCACUUCUCAACUGGUGUGCACAGAUAGCAAGGGGCAUGGUUUACCUUGAAGAAAGAGGUAUUGUCCACAGGGACCUUGCUGCUAGGAACAUAUUAGUACAAUCAGCUGCUCAAGUAAAGAUAACAGAUUUUGGUCUCGCCAAACUUCUGGAUUUUAAAGAGGAUGAAUUCCAGUCAGCAGAGGAAAAGGUGCCUGUAAGAUGGUUGGCUCCAGAGUCUUUGCAGAGCAGAAUAUACUCACACAAAUCAGACGUAUGGAGUUACGGUGUAACACUUUGGGAAAUGUUUACUUACGGCAAGAGACCGUACGAGAAAUCACAGAAUCGAGAUGUUCUGAGCCUAAUCGAGAAGGGAGACCGAUUGCCUCAACCUGAUAUUUGUACGAUUGAUGUAUAUAUGAUCAUGAUCAAAUGCUGGAUGUACAACGCUGAAAAUCGACCGUCAUUUAAGGAACUAGCAGAAGACUUUUCUAAAAUGGCUCGUGACCCAGGGCGUUAUCUUGUUAUCCAGGGAGAUGAAAUGAUGAAGACACCGACUCAGUUGGACAGCAUUAAUGACUUAGAUCUGGAAAUGGACGCAUGCGCAGAUGGACCUGAGAAACUAAUUACAGCUGAUAAUUAUAUAAAAAUUGAAUCUCGUGUACAGCUACAUGAGAAAUGUAAUGAGACCACCAGUGCUCCAGCUGAGGUUGACAUACAUUUAGACGCAGAUGGAUACUUGAAAACCAUACCAGAGCCUCACAUCUACUUGGAUUUGGAAGGCAAUGAUGGUAAAUACACCGAAAUGAAAGAACGGCAUUUUACGAUGGAUGGCCGAAAUGGCGACAAGAGACGUCUUCUGAAGUCCGAAUAUGAACCUGCAGGUUCUUUGAAGUCCGAAUAUGAGAAUGACCCCAGUUCUCUGAAGUGCGAAUAUGUAAAUGAAGCCGGUUUUCGAGGGUCCGAAUAUGAACCUGCCGGUUGUCCUAGGUCCGAACGUGCACAUGCAGAUACGGCAGUACUCGAGGAUAUACAGCGGCAACAUAAGUCGGCAUCUACAAGCCACUCAAAUAUGGUUUAGAUGAUAAUAGAAAAGAUUCCAGUGACUCUUUUAAAACUGUUAUAAUCACUGUUCUUUAUAUCAAGAGUGUGAGACUGACACAAUAAAAAUGCACACUUGUCAUUUCAUGUGUAUAACUUUAUACAAAGAGUGAGUCCUAUUCAUCUGACAACAUAUUUCUCACUUUCUGACAGAAAUUGAAAAUUUAAAAAAACAAGCUUGUCGCCAGGUCAAUAUUUCGGAGACGUAUUUAUGUUAUUACUUGAAACUUCACACACAACUUUAGGACAAAAAUGCAAUUUUACCCAUAAAGUUGUAUAACUUUGGUUUUUAUUUUGACAACAAUAUGCCUCCCAUUUUAGGCCCAAGUGUGUCAAUAUAUAAAGUGAAAAUUGCAAUUUCCAUCCAUAUUUCUGACAACUUUUCAUGCAUUUAACUGAAACUCUUUUUAAAUCUAUUGAAAUAUAAUGUAAGUUUACACAUCAAGUUUUGUAAUUAUGUCGUCUAGAUUGACAACCGUUUUCACAUUUUGUACUUACGAAAAUGCGGAAAAUCGUUCAUUUUUCUCAUAGAGAUAUUCGAUUUAAUAAAUGUAUUAUAGUGGAAAUUCUCACAUUCAUCUGAGCGCUUUCAGAAAGUUUACGCAAGUCCCACAACUCUGCCAGCAACUUUUACAAAACUGUACACUUGUCUUAUUUCAUACCUCAUAUGCUGGCUAGAAGAUACAUAAAAAUAAGGGAAAUAUUGAAGCACCAAAAAACUAUAGACCCAUCGCACUUUUAAUUAUCAACUGCUAUUAUAAAUAAUCGAUGAAACAAAUUUGCUUAUGAAACAGUUAUUAGGAAAUUAGUUAUAGGAAAGUUAUUAGGAAUUAGAAAGAGCCACUCAACUAUAGUUACAUUAUUUAUUUUAACAUGUUUUUAGACAUAUUAGGCGCACAAAAGUAAAACCUGUUCUGUGUGUUUAUUGAUUUUAAACAGGCUUUUGAUACUGUAUGGCGACAAGGACUUUGGACAAAGCUAUUGAACUGUAAUAUAAAUGGUAAAUGCUUUAAUGUUAUCAAAAACAUAUAUCUUGAGAUUAAAUCAAGAAUAAUAAUAAACAGGAUAUUCCCAGUUUUUUCUUUGUAUGACCGGUGUAAAUAAAAUCAGUAAGAAGAUCCUAUGUAAGACAAGGUGAAAAUCUUUUUCCUCUGAUAUUUGCAAUUUAUUCAAAUGAUUUAGACAACCGUGUUAGUAAUGAAAAUGUAAACGAUAUCAAACGUAUCAUAAACCUUCAUGUAUUUUGAACUAUUUAUAAAAUCAUAUGCUGAUGAUAUAGUUCUAUUAUACUACCUACAGAACCUACAGAAAAAUUUAAUUGUAUUUGAGGAUUAAUAUCAUAAGUCGAAACUAGAAUACACGAAAAAUCUAAAGUUCUUGUCUUUUGCUCAUGGAGUAAACCAAAUGAAAAUCUUUUCAAAUUUCAAGGCGAAACUUUUGAAAUAAAAAUCUCGGCAAAUAAGGCCACGUUCUUAAUAAGACAAGACCUCUUGAUAUAACUAUUGAUCUGCAAGUUGAUCUAUAUAAUAAAGUUAUUAAACCUGAAACGUUACAGCUAAUAUUUUUUAAACUGAUAAGCUUAAAAGACAGCACCAUUACAAAUGGUAUUGGAGAAAGAGGUGUCACAUCCCUUCCACUAGACAAUAAUUCUAGAAUGACAACUAACUUAUAGCACAAGUAAUAAGUUAUCUUUCAGCAUGUAUAUAAUUCUAAAUGGGUUACAGGAACAAGAAAAACUAAACUCAAAAUGGUUAAUAUAUAUAAAAAUAAGUAUCGAAUAAUGGGUUCGGAAAUAUAAAGGCCCACCCGCUUAGCUCCGUAGGUAGAGCGUCGGUCUACGGAUCGCGGGGUCCUGGGUUCGAUCCUCGGUCGGGGCGUAUGUUCUCCGUGACUAUUUGAUAAACGACAUUUUGUCUGAAAUCAUUAGUCCUCCACCUCUGAUUCUCUGAUUCAUGUGGGGAAGUUGGCAGUUACUUGCGGAGAACAGGUUUGUACUGGUACAGAAUCCAGGAACACUGGUUAGGUUAACUGCCCGCCGUUACAUGACUGAAAUACUGUUGAAAAAUGGCGUUAAACCCAAAACAAAGAAACAAAAACAAACAAAAAAAGAAAUAUAUGUGAUAAACAAACUGAAAUGAAUAGAAAAUGUUUUGCAAUGGAUUUUAUGCGAAAGGUAAAUGAUCAAUAUUUACAAGAAUCGAAUGAUAUAAAAUCAAAUAAUCAUGCAGCUGUAAUUAUAAACAAUUUAAGAAUUUUAUCCAUUUUGGAAUGAAUAGAUAUUUUUAUUUAUUAUCAAUUUUUGUAACAUGUACACACCUUUUAGCAUUACAAAUCACAAUCUCCAAUUUGAAGUUGGUAGGUCGACAGGGUUACCAUUAGCUGAAAGGAAAUGUGGACUAUGUGAACUAAAUGGCCCAGGAAAAGAUUUGUGUUAUCUACUCAGUUGCAGUUUUUUUCAAGACCAAAGGAAGCAGUUAUGUUAAACAGUACUAUUAUCGAAACUCAAAUAUUUUAAAAUUUUCUCAGGUUUGGAACAGUGGAAAUAAAUUUGAAUUAAUAAGACUAUGUAAGUUUUUGGAUCAUGUUAUGAAAACUGUAAAAUAUAACCCUUGCGGCUAUUAAAAAACCAGUAUUAGGUUUUAAACAUGCUAUUUUAUACGGUGACAUUUGAUCCAUGUUAAAUUUUGUAUAAUGUAUUUGUGCUUUAUACGUUUUAGUUAGUUUAAGAUUAUUUAAGUCUGAAAUGUAAAAUAUUAAUUCGAAAAUAACAAACAAGUAUGUGUACGUUUUUAUAACAUCACUGUACAUAAAUAAAUAUAAUUAUUCUAUGCUUGUAUUAGUACACUUUGAUAAUGUGGCAGUUGACCUCAAUACAAUCGACACUGUUUAUUUUCCAAUAUAGGUAACUAAUAAUUACUUUGCAAUAUAGUCCCCAAGAUAGGUUUAUGACGGAUUAUCUUUGAACACACCUGGACUUAUUUGACUCAGCUGCAACAUUUUCAAAGUUUAUUAGUACUGUUUACUAUUAUGUAUAUUGGUAGUUAUUAUGUAUUGUUACAAAUUUGCAUUGUUAUCAUUUUGUCUGUUAUAUGUCAAAUAUAAUUAGCAUAAUUAACCUUUAGCCUGUUGCAAGUGAUUUUGCCUUUGCAACCAGUGCAGACCAAGAUCAGCCUGCACGUUCGUCUGCGCUGUUCGCUACUCAGUCAGUUACGUUUCAGUGAACAUACUCUGAUUAACAAGUGGUACUUCCCAAAUGUAAUGAUGGACCAAUCCAUUUUAGAAAUUUAGCAGGGUAAAGGUUAAGAUCUAUGCAGUCUGAUAUUUUAAUACAGAAUGCCUAGACCAAACAUGCUAAAAAUUAUACAAAAAUGUGUAAAGGUUCAUUGAAUAUUACUUUGUAUGGAUAUAUCACAUGUAAUGUACAUAUAUUUUGUUUAUCAUGUUUACAUUAAGUAAGAAACUAACGAAGUAGAAAUCCAUCUAUAUGCAAGUCAGAAUGCUCUUUUUAUCGUUAGAGAGUGUUCUAUUCUUGCAGCAGAUUAUAAUUUCCAUACAAUAUGCUAUUUGAAUAAAAGCAUAUUAUCAAGUGGAAUUUCAUACCAUUAAUACAAUAUAUCUGAACACUUGUACUGAUUAAUCACAUGCAGAUAAUACAAUAUAUCUGAACAUAUGUACCGGCAAUUACAGAGUCAUUACACAGCAUAUUUGAGUAUAUGUACCGGAAAUUAAACAAACAAUACAAGAUAUUUGAAUAAAAUCUGAUCUGUGCAAAAAGAUCCUUUGGAAGCAUAAAACGCAACCAAUAAACAUAAUAGCAAUAAUAGCAGAAACGGUUCAUGAGAGGCAAUGAAAUGUGAAACACCCCUUACGCCCCCUAGCAUCGGCUUAAGCGGAAUUCUAUUACAGUUAUAUGAAUGAUCUCCAUGAUCCCAAAGAACCAGAAAAUAUUACAACACAAAUACGGAGAGACUUUUUACAGCAGCCACACGGCACUUAAAGACCACUGUUGUGAUAGUUAAACGAUAGUUAAUACAUGUACUGGUAAUUACAUGUACAUACCAAACAACAUGCGUGAACACAUGCACCGAUAAUUAUAAAGAUCUACCAAUAAUACAAGAUAAAUAUAUCUUAACAUUGUACCGGUUAAUUACAUACAAAUAACACAAUAUAACUGAAAACAUGUACCAGAAAUUACACAGCAGUAAUACAGCGUAAUCGAACAUAUGUUCCAGAAAUUACAUAGCAAUAAUACAGAAUAUUUGAACAUAUGUACCACUACCAAUAACUUAAGAUAUCUUAUUACAUGUACCAGUAAUUACAUAUCAAACAACAUAUGUGAAUAUAUGUACCGGUCUUUAUAUACAAAUAAUACAAGCCAUCUCAACACAUGUACCAGUUAAUUGCAUACGUGCAUACCAAUAAUGUUUCAAUACUUUAUAUCCGUACCCAUGCCAACGUAAAUUAAUUAAAUAAUUUCAUAAUCGUACACAAUUUACAAUGAGCCCCUAGAAUACUUCUAGGUCAAUACAUAAACUACACGCUUUUAAUACUCGGAUGAUCAUAAUUCAAGGCUUCCACGUCAGAUAUAUUACUUGAUUAUCAUAAAAAAAACAUUAUACCCAAGCUCUGUUGUAAUUAACUUUCUUUUAUGCAAAACCCUGUCCAAAAACCAUCAUAAUAUAAAAUCCAUCACAAGAAUCACUAAACCAAAUUUAUUCCUAAUACGAUUUAAAUGAUUUAAAGAUGCACUCCAUGUAACUAAAAAUAUAUAUAUAUAUAUAUACAUAUAUAUUUAAGAAUAAAAUUCCAGGGAUAUACAAUUUCUAUUAUUUUCACUAAUUAUUCCAUUAUUAUCCACGUGGCAUCCCGAUAUGCCUAGUGGUCAAAUAAAUUACACGGUUAACCGAUUACAUGCUUGAUGAUAUAUUGUCACAAAAAUCAACACCUUUGAACUUGAUAUAUUUUCAACUUUUUUACGGAUACAAGAAGGCCUAAACAAGAUGAUACUGUCUUACAUACCGUAUACAUGUAACUAUUUCGAUAAGAUAGUUCCAUUUUCAUAUUUCCCCCCUCAUUUGAGUGUGUGUGAUUAUAUAUAAUGUACUGUUUGUGAAUGCUUUUGUCUCAUGAAUUUGUAAAUAUGCUAACUGAGGGAAUUUGAAAUAAACUUUGAAAACUUUGGA